AUGGAGUUCAAAAUUGUCGGACAUUUCGAGUCACUGAAGAAGAAACUAAGCUCCACACCAACGCUUGGAUCGUCCCUUCCAUAUGCAAAAAUGGACGCCAGUGAGUAUGCUGUAGGGGAAGUACUGUUUCAGCUGGAAUGCGAUAACCAAAUUGAGAGACCAAUUGCCUUCGAUGGUAGGAAUAUCCGCGAAAACGAAUUGUUAGCAAUUCUAUUCGGGUUACGGCUUUGGCGCGUCUACUUGCUCGACAAACCAUUUGUAGUUGAGACAGAUCAUAAGUCCCUGGAAAGCAUAUUCUCUCAAAAGAGUAUCUCGCGCAGAAUCGCACGUUGGUAUGGCGAAUUGAGCGAAUAUCCUAUCUCGUUCAAAUACAUUCCAGGAGAAGCGAAUUCGGUGACCGACGGAAUCUCUCGCCGUCCAGACUUUCAAGAGGCAUAUCCAUUGGAGGAGAUCGUAGCAGCAAGUGUCAUUAAAGAUUGUAUAGCUAAGGGAAUUCGGACUGUCGUCGAAGAAGCAAUUUCACGCUACAAUGAAGCCAUGUCAAUCCGGGCUAUUCUGCACGCCUUGCAGAGUACAAAGGUUGGUGUCACGCAACCAAUUAAACAUUUAGCACGCUACAACCUCGUCGGAAGCAAAUUAUUUUACUCUGGACCCAAUGAUGAAGCUCCGAGACUUGUUUUACCCGUUAUUGACGAAAUAUUGAACAGCAUAUUGUACGAAUUUCAUGACGUCGAGUGUUACGGUCAUCCGGGCAUUGAACGAACGCUCAGAUUGGUGGAGCAACACUAUUACUGGAGGUAUAUGAUGCGUACUGUGAGGGCAUAG